AUGACAAUAUUAUCCACAUCCUAUAUCAAAAUUUCACUUUAUUUUCAUGUAACCUUGUUUCUACUUUUGAGCCUUACAAAUUCUGAGUCUCAACAAGAACAUUCAAUCUUAUUGAAGAUAAAGCUUCACCUACAAAAUCCAUCUUUUCUUACUCAUUGGAACUCAUCAAACACCUCUUAUUGUUCUUGGCCAGAGAUAGCAUGCACCACUGGUUCUGUCACAGGGUUGACUUUGGUAAACCACGCCAUAGCUCAAACAAUACCUUCUUUCAUAUGUGACCUUAAAAACCUCACACAUGUUGAUUUCAGCCAAAAUUUGAUUCCUGGUGAGUUUCCAAAAGAUCUAUUCAAAUGUUCCAAUCUUGAGUAUCUUGAUUUGUCUUUGAACAACUUUGUUGGCAAGAUUCCUUAUGAUAUUCAAAGUUUGGUUCAUUUGCAAUAUCUCAACCUUGGUUCAACCAAUUUUGAUGGCGAAAUUCCUUCUAGUAUAGGAGAGCUUAAGGAUUUGAGAUUUCUUCAUCUUCAAUAUUGUUUGUUUAAUGAAACUUUUCAUUUUGAGGGGAAAUUCCUGAAAAUAUUGGAGAUAUGGUUGCAUUGGAGAAAUUGGAUUUAUCAGGAAAUAAUUUAA